AUGACGACCCUUACUGCAGAAACAAAAUUUGAUAUGGCAAAGUGCUGCUUUGUGAUUGGUGUCCUGUAUCUUUACAAUGGAUGUAAGGCUUGGUGUGGAGGUUUCAGCCUCCGAGUGGCUCAGAGGUCAGCUGCGGAAACCCUUUGCUUAGGUGCUCCCGUUGCUGUUCCCUCCCGGAGGCCGGGGAGCGGGAUCGCUUCCUCGCCGCUCGCCCAGGGCUGCCCCGGGGAGGCUCCGCCCCCAGCCGAGGUCGACAGGGCAUCGCUGGCCUCGGGGCUGCCGGCCUGGCGGGGCGGUGACCCCGCACCUGCGCGUCCCGGGGGCUCCCGCCGCCCCCCAGCGCCCCGGGAAACAAAAGCGGGUUGGCAGGGCAGCCCGCUGGCCUCCUGGCCUGAAGUGGUACACGGACGCCAAGCUGAAGACCAUAUGGCAUCAGAACCAAGGAUUAAAAAGCUGGAACCAGUACUUUUGCCAGGUGAAAUUGUGGUAAAUGAAGUAAAUUUUGUAAGAAAAUGCAUUGCAACAGAUACAAGUCAGUAUGACCUGUGGGGCAAAUUGGUUUGCACUAACUUCAAGAUUUCCUUUAUUACGGAUGACCCAAUGCCACUCCAGAAAUUCCAUUACAAAAACCUUCUCCUUGGUGAACAUGAUGUCCCUCUAACAUGCAUUGAGCAGAUUGUCACAGUGAAUGACACCAAGAGGAAGCAGAAGGUCCUUGGUCCCAACCAAAAACUUAAGUUUAAUCCAACAGAAUUAAUCAUCUAUUGCAAAGAUUUCCGUAUUGUCAGAUUUCGUUUUGAUGAAGCUGGUCCUGAAAGUGCAAAGAAGGUGUGCCUUGCGAUAGCUCAUUAUUCUCAGCCAACAGAUCUUCAGCUGCUCUUUGCAUUCGAGUACGUUGGGGAAAUUUAUCAUAAUCCUGCAAAGAAGGUGAAUGGAAUAGACCCAGGAGGUGGUGGUGGUGGUGGCAUCGGCAGUGCCAGUGGCCAGCAGACACCUUUGUUUGAAACUUACUCUGAUUGGGAUAGAGAAAUCAAAAGGACAGGUGCUUCUGAGUGGAGAGUUUGUUCAAUCAAUGAAGGUUAUAUGAUAUCUACUUGCCUUCCAGAGUAUUUUGUGGUUCCAUCUUCCCUAGCAGAUCAAGACCUUAAGCUAUACUCCUACUCUUUUAUUGGGAGACGAAUGCCAUUAUGGUCUUGGAAUCACCCUAAUGGCAGUGCCCUGGUAAGAAUGGCCAACAUUAAAGAUGUGUUGCAGCAAAGAAGAAUUGAUCAAAGGAUUUGUAAUGCAAUAACUCGAAGCCAUCCCCUGAGAAGCGACGUUUACAAAUCUGAUCUGGACAAGUGUCUCCCCAGCAUCCAGGAGCUCCAGGCUGCACACAUCAAACUAAAGCAGCUGUGUGUUAAUGAGCCUUUUGAAGAAACUGAAGAGAAGUGGCUGUCCUCACUGGAAAAUACUCACUGGUUAGAGUAUAUUAGGUUGUUUCUGAAGCAUUCUGCUGAGCUUGUGUAUAUGAUGGAGUGUAAGCAUGUUUCUGUAGUUCUUCAAGAGGAAGAGGGACGGGACCUGAGCUGUCUUGCUGCUUCUCUCAUUCAAGUUAUGCUGGAUCCCUAUUUUCGAACAAUUGUUGGAUUUCAAAGCUUAAUACAGAAGGAAUGGGUCAUGGCAGGAUAUCAGUUUUUAGAUAGGUGUAACCACUUAAAGAGAUCUGACAAAGAGUCUCCUUUGUUCUUGAUGUUUCUUGACUGUGUUUGGCAGCUGCUAGAACAAUACCCAGCAGCCUUUGAGUUUUCUGAGAUGUACCUUAUCAUACUGCACGACAGUGCACGUAUCUCAUUGUUUGGCACCUUCCUUUUCAAUUGUCCUCAUCAGCGAGUGAAGGAAAGCACUGAAUUUGCCAUAAGCAAAAAUAUUCAGCUGGGUGAUGAGAAAGGCCUCAAGUUUCCUUGUGUUUGGGACUGGUCUCUUCAGUUUACCAGCCGGGACCGCCUACUGUUCCACAACCCCUUGUACAUUGGCAAGAGCGCUCCCUGCGUGCAGAAUGGAGCCGUCAGGACUUUCAAACGCUCAAAGAAAAACUACAGUUCCACAUUGCGAGGUGUGCCCCCAGCAUUAAAAAAUGGAAUCAUCAGUGAGCAAGAGUUCUUUCCAAGAAGAAACUCUCUGAUACUCAAACUGAAACCAGACUUCCUGCAGCCAGCAGAGAGCCAGAGCAGCAGCAUGGAGCAGUACUUCAGAGACUGGUUUGCAAAGCCUGUGGAUUUGCACGGCAUGAUUCUACCCCGUAUCUCUGGAACACAAAUAAAACUGUGGAAACUCUGCUACUUCCGCUGGGUUCCUGAGGCCCAGAUUAAUCAUGGUGGCUUCAUCACUGCUUUCCAUAAAGUUUCUUUGCUGGCAGAUGAAGUAGACAUGCUAAACCGGAACCUUCGGCAGUACAAAAGCAACUCUGCUCUGCAAGGCACCUGCUCGGAACUGGAUCAAAGCAGGAUGUACUUCAGAGCAAAUGGCUUCAAGGACACCUCUGCAGCCCCAGACUUUCUCUCCUCCUCAUUCCCAUUCUCUCCAGUAGGGAACCUGUGCAGACGGAGCAUUCUGGGAACACCUUUAAGCAAAUUUUUAAGUGGUGCCAAAAUCUGGCUAUCCACUGAGACACUUGCCAAUGAAGACUGAGGUGAUGUGAUGGUUUGAAGGUUUGGGGAGAAGACAGCAUAUCAUUUUGUCUUUUCUAAGUUAACACUGCUACGUGUGGCAUUGAAAGCUAUAAUUUUUGUAUACAAACAUUAAGGAAGUUUGCACAAAUACUUCAGAUCAGAGCAAGUCAUGCUUCGAGUCGCACAACUUUGUCUUAAGUAGUUCUCAUCUGCUAGGGCUUCUGGUCCCUCAUUCCUU